AUGACGAGACGAUCGCCUAUGCCGAGCCCGCAUGCGCCAAUGCUGCCGCCGCCGCCGCCAUCGCUGCCGCUGCCGCUGCGUCAACAACCUUCCCCAGCUCCCGCUUCUUCUUCAGCCUCAACCACCCUCCCUGCCAAGGCCGGCAAGUCGAAAAACUUCAUCCUUGCCGACAUGGACGGGCGCUCUUCGAGGGACAAUCGCGCUUGUGCAAGCUGCAUUUCCAAGCUGGGCCCAAGCGAGGUUGGCCAAGUCAAUUGGCAUCUUGCCGAGGACCAGGCAUGCCGCCUCUGCCAGGUCGCCCAGUGCAAGCCGGAAGCCUUCACCAAGCCCUUCUGUGACUUCUUGCGGGAAAACCCCACCGUCUUCCACGCCGUCGACUACUUCAAGCGCAAGUUGAACGACUGCGGUUUCGCAGAGCUUUCCUCUCGAGACGCGUGGGAUGGCAAGGUGCAGCCGGGUGGGAAAUACUGGGUCUCUCGCAACGGCAGCACCAUCAUCGCCUUUACCGUCGGCGAGGCCUACAAGCCCGGAAACGGAGUGGGCAUGAUCGCCGGCCACGUUGACGCCCUGACUGCCCGUCUCAAGCCCGUGAGCACCCGACCCAGCAAAGCCGGCUACGUGCAGCUCGGCGUCGCCCCUUACGCCGGCGGCUUGAACCAGACGUGGUGGGAUCGCGACCUCAGCAUCGGCGGCCGCGUCGUGGUACGAGACGAGGAGACGGGCAAGACGAGCACCAGGCUCGUCAAUCUCGACUGGCCGAUUGCCAAGAUCCCCACGCUAGCGCCGCACUUUGGCGUCGGCAUGUUUGGCAACAACAAUCCGGAAACCCAAGCCGUGCCCGUCAUCGGUCUCCAGGGGCCCCCAUCCCGAACCGACGAGCCCAGCCGAGACGAGCCCCUCGGACCAGACGGCGCCUUUGUGGCCACCCAGCCGCCGAGACUGGUCCAGCUCAUCGCCAAGGAGCUCGGCAUCACGUCCUACGCCUCCAUCCUCAACUGGGAGCUGGAGCUGUACGACAGCCAGCCCGCGCAGACGCUCGGCAUGGACAGGGAGUUCAUCACCGCCGGCCGCAUCGACGACAAGCUGUGCUCGUGGGCCGCGCUGACGGGCCUCCUGGCCGCCGACACCAGCAAGCACGACGGCUACAUCAAGCUCGUCGCCCUCUUUGACGACGAGGAGAUUGGCUCGCUCCUCCGCCAAGGCGCCCGCGGCAACUUCCUCCCGCUCGUCGUCGAGCGCGCCGUCGAGGCCCUCAGCGGGGACGCCUUCGGGCCCGGCCUCGCCGGCCAGACCUACGCCCGGUCCUUCCUCGUCUCCGCCGACGUCACCCACGCCGGCAACCCCAACUUCCUCGAAAACUACCUCGACGGCCACGUUCCCCAGCUCAACGUGGGCAUGACCAUCUCCAGCGACUCCAACGGCCACAUGACCUCGGACGCCGUCUCCACCGCCAUCCUGCGCCGCGUCGGCGAGAUCAUCGGCGCCAAGACGCAGAACUUCCAGAUCCGCAACGACUCGCGCAGCGGCGGGACCGUCGGCCCCAUGCUCUCCAGCGCCAUGGGCGUGAGGGCCGCCGACGCGGGCCUGGCCCAGCUCAGCAUGCACUCUGUCCGGGCUACCACCGGAGCCCUAGACCCGGGCCUGGGGGUGCAGUUUUUCAAGGGGUUCCUGGACCAUUGGGAGCAGAUUGACGGGGAGUGGUCCUGA